CUCUUCCUCUGCUCCCCUCUAUACCAGAGGUUUUAUAGUUGUCGAAGACGCGAGAAAACUGUUGUGUGAUUUUCUAUCGAUAAAAAUAUACGCAAAAAGCAAAAGUCUGUUUAGAAAAUAAUUAAAUUCAUUGCGAAAAGUGAUUAAAAAUGGCUGCAGUUUCAUACGAGGAAAGCGAUAGCCUCCCAGUGAACGACAAGGACAUCGGUGACGCAUUUGGUUACGGAAGCAGGAAUGCCGUUUCUCCUUUGCCAGGGCCGCUUCGUACGGCUCCGACAGAACGCUAUGCAACACAUUACAACAUGAGUCACUCCAAGCGUGGAGUCGCUUUAAUCUUUAACCAUGAAUUUUUCACCAUUAGUCACUUGAAACCACGAUGUGGAACGAACGUCGACUGCGAAAAUUUCGCCAGCACUCUCCGAAACAUAGGUUUCGAAGUAAACGAUUUGCACAACUUGACUCACAAAGAUGUUAUUAAAAAUUUGGAAAGAGUCGCCGAAAUGGAUCAUUCCAACCAUGAUUGUCUGGUCGUCGCAGUUCUCUCUCAUGGAGAAUUGGGAUUGCUUUACGCUCACGACACGCCUUAUAAAGCUGAAUCGAUCUGGAUAAAUUUCACUGCCGAAAAAUGCCCCACUCUUGCUGGAAAGCCGAAACUUUUCUUUAUCCAAGCUUGUCAGGGUGACAAACUCGAUGGCGGAAUUUCUCUCAAGGAACGUACUGAAACUGACGGAAUGCCAACCAACACAUUCCGUAUUCCAAACCACGCAGAUUUCCUCAUUGCUUACUCCACCAUCCCAGGAUUCUAUUCAUGGAGAAACACCACACGUGGCUCGUGGUUCAUGCAGGCUUUGUGCAUGGAACUCCGUGAAAAUGGACAUCGUUACGACAUCCUCACUAUGCUGACUUUCGUCUGCCAACGAGUGGCGUUAGAUUUCGAAUCCAACACUCCCGAUAACAUGCACAUGCAUCAGCAAAAGCAGAUUCCCUGCAUCACUUCAAUGUUGACCCGUUUAGUAAAAUUCAUCCCUAAACAAACAAACGGCGUCGCCUCCUCUUCAUAAAUCUCAAUUCUCGAAACGAAAUCGAAUAGUAAAUAGACUUAGUAUUUUUUGAAGUUUGAAAGCAAUUCCAUACGCAUUUAAAAGAGACCUGAUUUUUGGAUCUUCAGUUUUUUUUAAAUCGUAAAGCUUUAAUUUAAAGCGUCAGAAGUUCCGAACACUUUAUUUCAGUAGCAGUCCAAUUGGAAGAUUUGUUGACGCAUGUAAAGUAGAAAAUUCUACCAAAGUCUUUCAUCUUCCUCAGGGG